CAAAAUGCCCAGAGGAUUUGAGUGUACUGUAUUCGAAUCGAGCUGCUUGUAAUCUGAAGAUUGGAAACUGCAGCGAAUGUAUAAAAGAUUGCACUGUGUCAUUAGAGCUUGUGCCCUUCAUGCUGAAGCCCCUCCUGCGACGUGCUGCUGCCUAUGAGACGCUGGAGCAAUACCCACGGGCAUACGUAGACUAUAAAACUGCAGUGCAGGUGGAUAGCAGUGUCCAGGCUGCUCAGGAUGGUAUGAACAGAAUGAGAAAAGUUCUGAUUGACAAGAAUGGUAGUAAUUGGCGUGAGAAACUCCCUCCAAUGCCAUCGGUGCCCCUCUCAGCUCAGCAUAGAUGGGGACCCAGUGCACCUGGGAACACCGAGCAAACCUGCAUGCCACAGAAUGCAGGAGACACAGGUUCCAGCAAAUCCGAGCAGGCCAAGUCUCUUAAGGAAGAAGGGAAUGAGUUGGUGAGAAAAGGCGAGCACAGAAAAGCAGUGGAUAAAUACAGUGCGAGUCUGAAGCUGGAUAACAAGGAAUGUACCACCUAUACCAACAGAGCUCUGUGUCACCUGCAGCUGAAACAAUAUCCUGAAGCAGUGCAGGACUGUACAGCCGCAUUGGCUCUGGAUCCCAACAACCUGAAGGCAUUCUACCGGCGGGCACUAGCUCGCAAAGAGCUGAAGGAUUACGCUGGCAGUGUUACUGAUCUUCAGGAGAUGCUGAAACGGGAUCCCAGCAACUCAGCUGGCCAACGCCUCUUACAGGAAGUCCAGAAGUUUACUAAAUAAAACCUUGUCCUCGUGGGCACUUCAAACUCAAACCUCUGAAACCUGAUUCGAUAUAGCUGUAUGUGAGGGGGGCUUGGGCAGGUUUCUAACCCCUCUCUUUUUUGCAUUUUUCUUCUUGCUUUUCAAGGGCUUUACGGGUCAUUUGUCCUGACACCAAAGAACACUGUGUGAAAAUAUUUGAGUUAAACUAUCUGCAGCUCAAUUUACCUUUGAUUCCUACACACAGCAUCAAUUCCUGUACUGCAAGAUCCCUCUUUAGUUAUUGAUUUAGCAACAGGAUCCUCUGCCUCAAUUAACCUCUGCAGAUUGCACAACUCCUAUUUAAUAUAUAACUGAGUACAAUAUAAUCUGCUGUUGUGUAAUAUUUUUAGGGUAGUCCAUUUUGUGGUAGCUUUGUUUGCAAGAUUGCACUUUUAAUCUUUUCAGUCACAUUUCACUGUUGAUUUUUGACACUGAGAAUGAAGUGAUGUUGCAUCUAACCCUACACAUAUUCUCACUUCUCCCAUAAGCCUGUGCACUCUAUUUCAGAUGAGGCUAAGUAACAUCAGUACCACCUGUUAGUUUUAUUAAGUGGCUGUCAGGCACUAAAAUGUGUGACAGUGUGUUUAAAGGAUCUUUUAUGUGGUUACACUUUAGAGGUAGGAUCAAAGCUAAUGGAGCAGGGAGCAACAAGGGUGAGGGCAGUCUCCUAAUUUGGUUCAAGGUUGUUCACUUUGCUUUGCAGUACUACUUCCUCCUUGAAAAACCCUCUCAACUUGAUGCUUUGCAUGGCUGCUCCCAGCACUGUUGAGUUGACUCUGUGCUGACACUGUUCUUAAUGAAGAAAUGAUACUUUGAAUUUAAAGGGAGCAUGUGCACCUAAAAAUAUCUGCAUCUUUGCUUAAGUGUAGGAAGAAGAGGUCAUUGUUCCCUAAUCUGUUUGAGAAUAUGACUGAACUUAACUACCCACCUUUAUCCCAUAAUGAUUUUUAUCCCUACUCCUAAAUUCUCAAAUCAGAAAUUCAACUAUAGGUGCCAUUAUUGUCCACAAGUCCUGAGAAUGUGGGAAUUACUGAGACACUUAACUGGAAUGUAAUUCUGGUGUUAUCCAUUUUGCUAGUGUUCAGUCUUUAUUUUAAAUGGCCAGAGAUACUCUAGCCAAUGGAGUUAGAUGGCUAUAAUAACAAUAGAUUUAUGAAUGAUGCUUAAAGGGCAAAUGUCCCCAUAGACCCAAUACAUGAUUAUACAUUCAAGCAUCUGCAUACAGCUCUGCUGCUACAGGACAAAUUUGGGAGUAAACUGGUUAAAAACAUCUUUGCCGCAGAAACAUUUUGUAAAGUAGUUCAUGUUGCUCUAUCAUUACAACCAUGGUAGGUUUUGAAUGAGAAGAAUGAUUGAUUACAGCUUUGUUUAUUUCCAUUGUCAAAGUUCCAGCAACUGUAGCAAGUUGUGGGGAAACUCAGCUUUUCCAUGAGCAGGAUACAGAACGUGAAGCGGCAUGCAUUGAGGAAACAUGACAAGUUAAGUUUGCUGAAUUGUAAAAUACACAAACGUUAACGAAAAACACUUUGCAGAUGUUUUGAUCAUUCAUCUCUUGUCUUUAACUUGUUCUUUCACAAAAAUAUGAUGUACCUGGACUUGUAAACCUUGUCUGUCUCAUCCCAUCGUGGGCCUAAUGUAUUACUCCAGCUGUCUCAUACUAUGUACUAUUGGUUUAGUUUGAACAUUGUAUUGCACUGAAAAUCUUUUGGACUCAGGUAUUAAAAGUUAAUGAUUAAAGGCA